CUCAAGUUGACUCCAAAGUAAGCCAUUUUCUUUUGUCCUUAACUUUCACAAACAUGAAUGCUUCAGUCUGAUAUGACUACUACAAUGUUUCCCUUAGUAUUAUCCUUGUUGUGCUACUCGCUUGUGGCGGUACAGGCACAACGCAAUUACAUUUAUAAUUUCUCUCCUUACGUCUCACCCACCACGGUGCUUCUUAAUUACGAGAAAAUGGUAGAAAAUUUCAAAGUGUUCGUGUACAAACCAAACAGCGCCCAACUCAAAUUCGCUUCCACGGUGGAGUCUCUCUUCUACUCUUCACUACACAACAGCACCUACCUCACGCAGGAUCCCGAGGAAGCGCACCUCUUCUUUCUCCCUUUCUCCUCUGACCUCUCCACGCGCGCUCUGGCCCGCGUCCUAUCACGCAUCCGCAACGACUUCCCCUACUGGAACCGCACCCUUGGUGCGGACCACUUCUACCUUUCGCGCGUAGGAAUCCCCCUCGAACGGGACCGGAACCUCGUGGAGCUGAAGAAAAACGCCGUUCAAAUCUCGUGCUUCCCGACACCAAAUGACAAGUUUGUCCCUCACAAGGACAUCACGCUGCCACCGGUACCUGACCCCCACGUGCUCCUGCAGCGAGUGCCAGCACGCUCAUUGGUCAACGAUAAUGAGACUUGGCGGGGGGAGGAGUUUCUUUGCGCGAUGAAGCACACCAACGACGCGUCGUGGAUAGGGGAAGCACUGCGCGUAGGUUGCGUGCCGGUGGUCGUUACGGAGGAACCGUUAAAUGACAUGCCGUUUAUGGAUGUGCUGAGGUGCAGAGAGAUGGCAGUGUUUGUGAGAAGCGUGGGGGGAGUGACGCGUGCGUUGGGUGACACGUGGAGGGAACGUCACGAGCGGAUGCGAAAAUUGGGUGUGGCCGCGAGCACGCACUUCCAGUGGAACCAGCCUCCUCUGCCGUUCGAUGCGUUCAAUACUAUCAUGUAUCAGCUGUGGCUCAGACGCCACACCGUCCGAUACGCUAUGGUGCAAUAGAAAUAAAUUGAAUAUGUGGUUUCGCCAUUAAAAUAUUUGUUACUGAAUUGCACAAAUAUUAUACAUUGUUACGUUAAUUA